AUGCGCAGUCUUUCCAUCGCCUCUUUUCGCGUGCCAGUCUACGCGAUAUGGCCCUCUCGCCACCCCCUCGCCGCGCAAUGGCUCUCCUCCGCCCGCCGCAAUCAAAACCACGUCCGCGCCUUCAGCCUCUUCAAGCUCGCCCACGCUAAGACAACGCUCGGCGCCCAUGGAAUCAAAGCCUAUACGCCCUUCCAUCCGCCGGAGCUGCGUGACGACCGACUUGUCAACAUAUACGUGAAGAACACCGGAACAACUGGCGCGGAUGGGGAUGAGAAGGCGGUGAAGAAACGAAGGGGACAUACACCAAUGGACCGACUCCGCCUCGUUAGCACCGUCCCUGCGUCGAAACUACUCACAGACAUUCCACGAGGCUCAUACCUACUACCAAUUCCCAGCGAGAUCCCUUCCGCCUUCGGGUCCGAGUUCGUUUUCAACACACCACCUGAUGCUGCCCUCACCGCCCUGGAAUACGAGCUGCGCGAGAUCCCUCCCGUGGUGCCGAUCAAAGAGCCGAGCAAGAAAGCUAGGAAUCACUUCAAAGGAUUGGCAGAAAUAUACUUCUCCUUCACCCAGGCGCCCUCUCGCUACAAGGAGCUCUUGAAGAAUAUAGCUACAAAACUCGCUUCUCAUCGCCCGGUGGAGAUCCAUGUUCGCGUCCCGAUAAAGGGUGGUUUUAGCCAAGAGAAAGAGAAAAUCUCAUUCGACUGGCAUUGGGCUACGCACCCUCAUUUGUGGCCGGAGGUAAUACUCAAUGCGAUGCCGGAAGGAACCUACGUCCAAAUAAGACCGUACUUCGGGAACAAUGAGCUCGCCUGGGUAGUUGGGCGUCACUCGAAACCUCUUAAAGUGGGAGUUUCAGACCACUUGCAAGAUGCUGAAAGUCGGGCCUUGCCACAUCACUUGGAUUUCACUCCGAGGGUAGAGAAGAUGCGAAAAGCACAGAUUGAGCUGGAGGAGAGGGGAAUUGGAAUGCCGAUACUUGCUAAGCGGAAGAAGUUUAGAGAGGAGUUGAAGAAAAGAGAGGCGGAUGGGGAACCGGUGCCGCCUUCGGAACUUCCACUAUGGUACAAGACUAGGGUGAAUACGGCCAAGAAAUUCAAGGCCUUGAAGAUGGUGGACAGGAUCGAAAGGGAGAACAAGAAGAAGAGGAACUUCGAGCCCCGUUUGCUGAGGAAAUUGGGGAAGUUGGAAGUCGAUGGGCAGGGGUCGUGGACGAUGCAAGGGGGGGACGCAAAACGCCGACGAGACUAA